AUGGGGGAGGGCGCAGCCCGAGCGGCGGAGGCUCGAGCCAUAAACAAGCGCCCGGAGGAGCCGCGCAGGAGUGAGGCGAGCGGGGCGCGCGGAGUGGACGUCGCGGACCUUCUGCUGCGCCACCGCGCCCACUCGGCGGCUCGGGAGGCGGGGACCGGCCCGGAGGCUGCGCGGCCGCCACCACCGCCGCGGGGCCGGCCGACCCGGAGGAGAGGGAAGAGGCGCCGCCAGCCGGGGCUGGAGCCCAGCGCAGCCGCCGCCACCGCCGCCGCCGCCGCCAGAAGAGGAGGAAGAAGGGAAGCCACCGCUGGCGCCAACGCUAGUGGGCUCGGGGUCGGCGCGGCCCGCAGCGGGGGGCGGGGGCCUCGCCCCGCGAGGGGAGGCGCGCCCCGGGGGCCCCGAGGGGGGCGGCGAGGACCGCGGGCUGCGGGUGCGGCGGCGGCGGCGCGUGUGCCCCGCGCAGGGGAGGACGCCCGCCCCGCUCCCGGCCCGGCUGCGAGGAGGAGGCGGCGGCGGCGCAGGAGGAUGUACUUGGUGGCGGGGGGCAGGGGGCUGGCCGGCUGCGGGCACCUCCUGGUCUGGCUGCUGCUGCUGCUGGCGCGCUCCGGCACCCGGGCGCUGGUCUGCCUGCCCUGCGACGAGUCCAAGUGCGAAGAGCCCAGGAGCUGCCCCGGGAGCAUCGUGCAGGGCGUCUGCGGCUGCUGCUACAUGUGCGCCCGGCAGAGGAACGAGAGCUGCGGCGGCGCCUACGGGCUCCACGGAGCCUGCGACCGGGGGCUGCGCUGUGUCAUCCGCCCCCCGCUCAAUGGCGACUCCAUCACCGAGUACGAAGUGGGCGUAUGCGAAGAUGAGAACUGGGACGAUGACCAGCUGCUUGGUUUUGAACCCUGCAAUGAAAACCUUGUCUCUGGCUGCAAUAUAAUCAAUGGGAAAUGUGAAUGUGACACCAUUCGCACCUGCAACAAUCCCUUUGAGUUUCCAAGGAAAGAUACGUGCCUUUCAGCUUUGAAGAGGAUUGAAGAAGAGAAGCCAGAUUGCUCCAAGGCCCGCUGUGAAGUCCAGUUCUCUCCACGGUGUCCUGAAGAUUCCGUUCUGAUCGAGGGCUACGCUCCCCCCGGGGAGUGCUGCCCCUUACCCAGCCGCUGUGUGUGCGACCCUGCGGGCUGCCUGCGCAAAGUCUGCCAGCCGGGAUACCUGAACAUACUAGUGUCCAAAGCCUCAGGGAAGCCGGGAGAAUGUUGUGACCUCUAUGAGUGCAAACCAGUUUUCAGCGUGGACUGCAGCACCGUGGAGUGCCCCUCCGUUCAGCAGGCCGUGUGCCCUCUGGACAGCUACGAGACUCAAGUCCGACUCACGGCGGAUGGUUGCUGCACCCUGCCAACAAGAUGCGAGUGUCUCUCUGGCUUAUGUGGUUUCCCCGUGUGUGAGGUGGGAUCCACUCCUCGCAUAGUCUCUCGUGGAGAUGGAACACCUGGAAAGUGCUGUGAUGUCUUUGAAUGUGUUAAUGAAACAAAGCCAGCCUGUGUAUUCAACAACGUGGAAUAUAAUGACGGGGAUAUGUUUCGAAUGGACAACUGUCGGUUCUGUCGAUGCCAAGGGGGUGUUUCCAUCUGCUUCACUGCCCAGUGUGGAGAGCUGAACUGCGAGAGGUACUAUGUGCCCGAAGGGGAGUGCUGCCCCGUGUGUGAAGACCCAGUGUAUCCUUUUAAUAACCCUGCUGGCUGCUAUGCCAAUGGGCAGAUCCGCGCCCAUGGGGACCGGUGGCGGGAAGAUGACUGCACGUUCUGCCAGUGCAUCAACGGAGAGCCCCACUGCGUGGCAACGGCCUGCGGACAGAGCUGCAUGAACCCCGUCAAAGUGCCUGGCGAGUGCUGCCCUGUGUGUGAAGGGGAGGAGCUGUGCUCGGGCCUCAAGCGAGGCUGUACUUUGGACUGCCCCUUUGGUUUCCUGACCGAUGCCCACAACUGUGAGAUCUGUCAGUGCCGCCUACGGCCCAAGAAGUGCAGACCCAUAAUCUGUGACAAGUAUUGUCCGUUUGGAUACCUGAAGAAUAAGCACAGCUGUGACAUCUGUCGCUGCAAGAAAUGCCCGGACCUCCCAUGCAGUAAAAUCUGCCCCCUGGGUUUCCAGCAGGACAGUCAUGGCUGUCUUCUCUGCAAGUGCAGAGAGGUCCCUGCUUCAGCCGGGCCACCUGUCCUGUCAGGCACAUGUCUGUCCAUGGAUGGCCAUCAUCAUAAAAAUGAGGAGAGCUGGCAUGAUGGGUGCCGGGAAUGCUACUGUCACAAUGGACGGGAAAUGUGUGCUCUGAUCACCUGCCCGGUGCCUGCCUGUGGCAACCCCACCAUUCAUCCGGGACAGUGCUGCCCGUCAUGUUCAGAUGACUUUGUGGUGCAAAAGCCAGAGCUCAGCACCCCGUCCAUUUGCCACGCCCCGGGAGGAGAGUACUUUGUGGAAGGAGAAACGUGGAACAUCGACUCGUGUACACAGUGCACCUGCCACAGCGGGCGGGUGCUGUGCGAGACGGAGGUGUGCCCGCCGCUGCUCUGCCAGAACCCCUCACGCACCCAGGACUCCUGCUGCCCGCAGUGUACAGACGAACCUCCUCAGCCUUCCUCAUCCCAUAAUGAGAGCGUGCCUAGUUACUGCAAAAACGACGAAGGGGAUAUCUUCCUGGCAGCCGAGUCCUGGAAACCUGACGUUUGCACCAGCUGUGUGUGCAUGGAUAGCGUCAUCAGCUGUUACUCUGAGUCUUGUCCGUCGGUGGCCUGUGAAAGACCUGUUUUGAGGAAAGGCCAGUGUUGUCCCUACUGCAUAGAAGACACGACCCCGAGGAAGGCGGUGUGCCGCUUCAGCGGGAAGGCGUACGCCGACGAGGAGCGGUGGGACAUAGACAGCUGCACGCACUGCUACUGCCUACAGGGCCAGACGCUCUGCUCCACCGUCAGCUGCCCCCCUCUGCCCUGCGUCGAGCCCAUCAACGUGGAAGGAAGCUGCUGCCCGAUGUGCCCAGAAAUGUAUGUCCCAGAACCAACCAAUAUACCCAUUGAGAAAACGAAUCACCGUGGAGAGAUUGACCUAGAGGUUCCCUUGUGGCCGACACCCAGUGAAAAUGACAUUAUCCAUCUCCCCAGAGACAUGGGUCACCUACAGGUAGAUUACAGAGAUAACAACAGGCUGCAUCCGGGCGAAGAUUCUUCACUGGACUCCAUUGCCUCGGUUGUGGUUCCCAUAAUAAUCGGCCUCUCCAUUAUAAUAGCAUUCCUAUUCAUCAAUCAGAAGAAACAGUGGAUACCACUGCUUUGCUGGUAUCGAACACCAACUAAGCCUUCUUCCUUAAAUAAUCAGCUGGUGUCUGUGGACUGCAAGAAAGGAAGCAGAGUCCCCGUGGACAGCUCACAGAGAAUGCUAAGAAUUGCCGAACCGGAUGCGAGAUUCAGUGGCUUCUACAGCAUGCAAAAACAGAACCACCUACAGGCAGAUAAUUUCUACCAGACAGUGUGAAAAAGGGCGACGUCGAUGAGGUUUUGAAAGACAGAAAACGACUAAAUCUGCUUUUAAAAGUAAACUAGAAUUUGUGCACUUGCUUAGUGGAUCGUUUUGGAUUGUGACUUGAUGUACAGCGCUAAGAAUUUACCGGGAUGGGCUCUGUCUACAGCAGUGUGCAGAACAAGCAUUCCCACUUGCCUCAAGAUAACUGACCAAGUGUUUUCUUAGAACCAAAGUUUUUAAAGUCGUUAAGACAUACUUGCUUGUAAUAUAGCUGCAGAGAUACUUGGGGGCGGGGACAGUUGAGUUUGGUUGGGGAGAUGGGCUGGGAGGGUGGUGUUGGGAAGGCAAAUUGGUCAGCUGGGCUCGGGGACAGGGGAGAAAUCCUGUUAAAAUAAAGCAGUUGAGUGGCCCAGAGGAGCUUUUUUCCUUGAAGACUGCACUGGUUGCUGCAAAGCUCAGGCCCAAGUGAGCAGGGAAAACAAAGGCCUUGUGACCCAGCUGCCGUAGCCACCUUAGGACUGCAGACGAGCGCACCAGCACCUGGCGCUAGCUGUCCCCGGGCUACCGCCACGAGGUCCUGGUCUGUACGGUCCCACCGCGGUGGGCAGUGAGGAAGCAGGAGAGAGGCGCUGCGGCAUUUCUCCGACGCGGGGUGUUAAGGAGAUAGACAGUUAUACUUUUUGCUGCUUUUGUUUUCUUCCAAGCCAAUCAGCCAGUUCCUAGCAGAGUCAGCAGGUGAACGAGACCUAAGUCAUUUCUUGACGUGAGCACUGGAGCUUCUCUUACCACCGCGUGGCAGGAAGGAGGCAGAGGGCGGAGGACACCAGGUAUUCCCAGGGGCUGUACUUCAUUGUCUGUCGUGGCUUUGUUCUCUUGUUGGGUGUUCAUAGUUUUUGUUGAAGCUCUAGCUUAAGAAGAAACUUUUUUAAAAAAGGACUGUUUGGGGAUUUUUUUUUUCCUUAUUCUAUACUGAUUCUACAAAAUAGAAACUACUUCAUUUUAAUUGUAUAUUAUUCAAGCACCUUUGUUGAAGCUCAAAAAAAAUAUGCCUCCUUAAACUUUAGCAGUUAUAGGAAUAUUUAUGUAACUAUCUUAUGCUUCAAAAAAACAAAAGUAUUUGUGUGCGUGUGUAUAUAAUAUAUAUGCAUAUAUAUUUAUACACAUACAAUUUAUGUUUUCCUGUUGAAUGUAUUUUUAUGAGAUUUUAACCAGAACAAAGACAAACAGGCAUUCCAUAUCAGUGCUUUUGAUCACCUACAAAUUUUUAAGAACACAAAAUUUCAUUCUACCUGCAGUUUAAUUGGGAAGAUGUGUGUGGUGAGGGUGUGAGGGUGUGUACACACACGCCUUGUGCAGUCGGCAUCACACCUGCUGUGGAGAAGGUAUUCCUUUAUUAAACUCUUCUCCCUCAUUUGGAUAUGCUCUCUGUUGGUUUUCAAUUUGCUCACUGGCCAGAAACAUUGAUGGCAGUUUAUCUGCAUCGCUAAUCAGCUCCUGGAUUUUUUUUUUUUCUUCAAACAACUGUUUGAAACAACUACUGGAAUAUUGUCCAUAAUAAGCUGGAAGUUUAUUGUAGUUUGCCUCAAAUAUAACUGACUGUAUACUAUAGUGUUAACUUUUCAAACAGCUCUUAGCACUUUUAUACUAAUUACCCAUUUGUGCAUUGAUUUUUCUUUUUAAAAUGCUUGUUGUAAAAGACACAGAUACCCAGUAUGCUUAAUGUGAAAAGAAAAUGUGUUCUGUUUUGUAAAGGAACUUUCAAGUAUUGUUGUAAAUACUUGGACAGAGGUUGCUGAACUUUAAAAAAAAUUAAUUUAUUAUUAUAAUGACCUAAUUUAUUAAUCUGAAGAUUAACCAUUUUUUUUUGUCUUAGAAUAUCAAAAGGAAAAGAAAAAGGUGUUCUAGCUGUUUGCAUCAAAGGAAAAAAAAGAUUUAUUAUCAAGGGGCAAUAUUUUUAUCUAUUUCCAAAAUAAAUUUGUUAAUGAUACGAUGUUACCAAAAUAGAUUUACAUCAGCCUGAUUAGAUAAAAUUUUGUCGACAAUUAAUCCAUUCCUGGCAUAAAAAAUCUCUAUCAAAAAAAUUGUAAAUGCUUGCUUUUUGUUUUUUUCAAUCAUGGCCAUAUUAUGAAAAUACUAACAGGAUAUAGGACAAGGUGUAAAUUUUUUUAUUAUUAUUUUAAAGAUAUGAUUUAUCCUGAGUGCUGUAUCUAUUACUCUUUUACUUUGGUUCCUGUUGUGCUCUUGUAAAAGAAAAACAAAUAUAAUUUCCUGAAGAAUAAAAUAGAUAUAUGGCACUUGGAGUGCACUGGGGUUCUACAGUUUGUUUUGUUUUCCUCAAACCACGAAGCCAUGAGGGAAUUAUUUGCAGCUGGGUUCUUGGCAACAGAUCAACACUUUGAAUCUCAA